AUGUUUUGGUUGAAUUCUUUUACUACUUUACUACCUUUAUUAAAUACAGAUAUCUUUGUGAAUAAGCUCUUAUCACUUCCACAAGUCAAAUGCAGAGAUACAAGCUUGCUCUCAUCGAAACUUGACACGAUAAGACAAGAUGAACAAACAGAGUUACUGAUCUUAUCGGAUUUUGAUUACACAUUUUCUAAAGCUUAUGAUUUACAUGGAAAUCCCUUAUUAUCAACUAUCGGUGUUAUUGACAAUUUCUUACCCAAAGAUCUCAGUACUGAGCUGUCAAAUCUUUGGGCAAAUUGUUUGAUCAUUGAAACAAAUCCUAGUAUGAGCUAUGAAGAGAAAGCUUCUUUCAUGGAAAAAUGCUGGACCGACGCUCAUAGAAUCAUACUAUCUGCAGGAAUCACAAAAAGUCAAAUCAAGGAAUGGUCAUUGAUGUCCAAAAUUGAACUGAGAGAUGGCGUCAAUGAAAUAGCUAAUCAUUUGCUAAAAGAAGAGAUUCCACUCAUUUUAUUUUCUGCCGGAGUUACGGAUAUAGUAGAAAUUAUUUUAGGCCGAGAAUUGGGACAGUCGACAAACCACAUUCAAGUGAUUUCAAAUGCGCUGAAGUACGACAAAACAGAAAGGGCAAUUGGCUUUGCAGAACCAUUGAUACAUUGUUUUAACAAAAAUGUAUCAACAAUUGAACAAGAGACGUUUUCACGGACAAAAACUAUUCUUUCUCGAAAAAAUGUUCUUUUGAUGGGAGAUAGUCUGGGUGAUUUGUACAUGGGAAAAGAAAGAGAGAAAUCACAAGGAGUCACACUGAAAAUCGGAUUCCUCAACUCACAUAACAACGAUACAUUGAUCGAAUAUCUGAAUGGGUAUGAUAUUGUCUUGAUUGAUGAUCAAACAAUGCAAGUACCUGGUUUGAUACUCGAAUUUCUCUCAUUGCAA